CAAAGACAGAAAUCACCCUCUACUUGUUUUUUAAUUCCCAUCGUGCAGGAUGUCUUUCUCUUCUUCUUUCGGCGUCCAGGUUUCAGCCAUCAUGGACGUGUUGGCGAAGGCUGCAGUGGCCGAAAUAUCCAAGCUGGUGGAGGACGGGGUCGUGUCUCUGAGGCUGGAGAUGUGUCGGAAGGACAGCGAGCUUCAGGACCUCAAAAGAAGUUUAAAGUCGAUGGAGGUUGAAUUGUGCAAAGCUCAGGAAGCUGCAGCUGCUAGCCGAGCUGCAGAGGACAGACAGUCUGAGCAAACUACUGGGAGUCAGGCUCAGAGUAAAGAUGAAAUAGAAGAUGAGGAAAAGCCUGCACUGUAUCUGGAACCAAACACUGCUGAUUCACUCUGUGAGCCUCAACAUGGAGCAGAAGAGAGCAACAAUGACAUGAAGCUUGUGGUCAAAUGUGAGCCAGCGGAUGAAAUCGCCACCCAGGAAACGACAGACGCCAUGACAACAGCAUCUAAUAACGUGUGCUUUGAGGCCGCGGAGCCAGAAGAGCCUCUCUGGCCUCCUCCUGCUUGUAGCAUGUUUGAAGAAAGCUCGGCCGAAGCUGUUCACGCAAUGCAGCAGCAAAUCCAGAUGUUCUCCUCUCACCCUGAGCAACUUUCAUAUAACUCAACCUCAGCGGAAGAGAUCGCAGAUGAUUCCUUAAACGUGCCGAUAAAGGUGGAGGUUGAGAUGCGACCUAUGUGCAUGGAAAGUCCUCCUUCAGAGCCGGUUCAUAUGGAGCAGUUCAGGCAUGUUUCCCAGCCUGCGGUCGGUCAGCACCAACGACUGCAGUCUGCUUCACCACAGGCUGGACCGUCGGGACCGCCUCGACCCCCGUCUCGUACUCAGAGGUCCAUGUUCGGCUCAAACGCAGAAGAUCACAUCCUCGGUAGAAACAACCUAAGAUCAAAAAGGCUGGUGAAUGUGUUCAGAGCAAAUCCCAAACUGUUCAUGUGCAUGAUCUGCAACAAGGGAUUCCCCCGCCUGAGCCUGCUAGAGGAGCACAACACCACCCACGAACCCAUGAAGCCUUUCCGCUGCCUCGAAUGCGGGAAGUCUUUCACCCAGAAGACCCGGCUGAAGACCCACCAACGCGUGCACACGGGAGAGAGGCCGUUCAGCUGCAAAAUCUGCGGCAAGAGGUUUUCGAGACAGGACAACUGUUUGAGACACGAGCGUUUCCACAGCGGGGUGAAGCCGUUCAGCUGUGGGCAGUGUCCCAAAAGCUUCACGGUGUUCGGUAACCUCAAAAUACAUCUGGAGACUCACCGGAACAGACGAUAGCAGUCAGUUAUCGGGGCUUUCGCUCGAUAAACAUCCAAGAAUUUGCACAAAUCUUUAUUUAAUCUUGCCAGGGAACGGCUGGUUAAACAGAGAUGCUGGCAGUGGUUAAACCAUAGAGGAAGAAAAAUGGGAUUGACAUCUUUGAAUAAUUCCUCUAACCAGUGUGUUCUUAUACUGGAAAUACACAC